GUACAACUUGGAUACGUAUGAUAGUGCACCACCUAGUGUACGACAGCGACCCCAUGCGGAUGGAAAUUAGUUCAAAGAUGAACAUGCCUUUCAGUUACCUUGAAACCGGGAUUCCGUUAAAGUUUCAAGUCGUGAAUAAACUUCCCUUGCCACGGAGGGUGUUUGGGACGCAUCUGAACGCACAACUUGUCAAUUUAAACAAGAUCAAGAAAUCUGGGGCAAAGGUGAUCUACUGCAUACGUAACCCGAAAGAUCAAGCAGUAUCGUGGUACCACAUGUAUCAGAAUUACCCGUUUCGUGACCACCCGAACUUCAAACACUUUUGUCCAAAAUCUUGGGAUGAAUUUUUCAAACUUUAUACCUCCGGCAAACAGCCAUUGUGCACACGCGAUGGCGAGUGGUAUCCUGACCACGUGAUGUCGUGGUACGAACACCGUGAUGACGUCAUGUUUGUUGUUUAUGAAGAAAUGAAACAGGAUCCGGUGAAAGGAAUUUUAGAAAUCGCGAAGUUUCUAAAUAUUCAGGCAACACUGGGAAGAGCUCAACAAAUUGCGGACAUGACGUCAUUUAACAAAAUGGCGGCCGAUAUGAGCAAAAAACAAUCGAUAAAGAAUUUCUUCAGAAAGGGGAAGGUGGGAGAUUGGAAGAAUUAUUUCAGUGAUGACCAAUCCAAAAUAAUGGACGGAUUAAUCCAAGAAAAACUUGGAAACACUGAAAUUAAGUUUAUAUACGAACCGUGAUAUAAGUGAAACGUCACAAUAUAAGAAGGAUUAUAUACGUCAUAAUGAAGACUUCAAAUAUUUUUGCGAUUAGAAACUUUGUAUUAUGACGUAUUUAUCUAUAUUCUUCAUAAUUCAACAUAUUGUUACGUAACAAUCACAAUUGUUUACCUGUUGUAUUGUAUUAUUCCAUUACAAAUGUUUCGUCAUAACCUUUCAUUUAACGACAUUGUUACGUCAUAGUAUUGUAGCGGUUUCAUCUAUGUAGAAAUAAACGACCUCACUAACUCAACACA